AUGAAAAGUUGUUCGUGUGUUCAUCCGCUUGGCACUAACGACCCUGUGCGUACUUCAAGCACUCAAGAAUUGACAGCAUAUGGAACUCAGCGACCUUCUAAUGUGAUUGGUGUCGACUGGACAGGGCCUAUUACAGGCAAACCCAACCUUGCAUCGCACAGACAUGGCAUUGACCUACAAGAAGGGAGCAAUUCUUGUAUUGACAACUACAACCAGUAUCUCCCGGAAUCUUUGCUGACUGAGUCUGAUCCCUCUUACCAGGCUGGCUACACCCGUGUGUUGCAUUCUUCGUCUUCACGCAGCAGGGUCCCCACUCAGGUGUUUAAGCUUGCGCUUGAUAGAGAUAAUGUUAUGUGCCCUUAUUUGUAUGAAACGUAUAAGUACGCCUUAAACGAUAUGGCUAAUAGAAAGAUUGCAACAUUAACCAGAGGAUUAGUUCCGGCAGCGAUCCUAUCUGACAAGCUGCGUCCUACAAGCAGUUAUGCGCCAGUUCGCGUUCGCUAUCAUUUGUGA